ACUCAUUCGCCUGUUGACAUCAACAACAUUUCUGACAAAUUACAUUGAACAGCAAAAUAAGUAUUCUCACAAAAAAACAAAAAAUAAGUUAAAGAUGCGCAAACUCCAGAUUCAAGUGCUGACACGUGAUGGACGCAAGAACAUCUUUGAGACGGAUCGCUUUCGGAAUGUCGCCGAUUUGAAGAAGCACAUUGGACGCUCGAUGAAUGUGCCGAUGACAUUCAGCAAAUUGACCUACAAGGGUCGCCUGCUCUCCAAUGACAGCAUCCUUGAGGAUGAGGGCGUUAAGCGUUUGUCCACCUUGGAGCUGUAUUGGCAACCCCUUGUGAUGACGCCCAAACAGUAUCGCGAAAAGGAGAUGGAGCUGGAGAAGCUCGAGCAGAAGCAACGUCAUCUAUCGCGCUUGGCCGACAACUCUGAGGCAACGACAUCGAAGAAGGGCAAUCACGAACGUGUUUCGAUCGGUUCUCGAACGACACGUGGCGCGGAACUGCUUCAGGAGAAGUCAUCGGCAAACGAGGAAGAUGCGAAAUUGGUGUCCAAGGCAACGGAGGAGCCAAACUCCGAGUCGUCGGAGGAACUUGAUUUUCUAUCGGUUUAUUGGUGCUGCCCCAAAAAGUCACUCCACGAAUCGGAAACAAAGCUGGAACUGGGACAGGAACAGCAGCAAGUACAGCAGCAGGCAGCAGCUAACACUGAGGAGCAGAAACAUCAGUCGGAGAGUUCAUCAUCCUCAAGCUUGUACCACGACUCCGAGGAGGAGCAAACGUUGGCUGAAGUGCGAAGCCAGCGCUGCUUCUGCUGGAAUCCAACUGUUCGCCCUGGAGUGCGUCUUGCGGCUGGUCGCAUAUCGCACAGCAUCAUCUUCAACAUUCGAAAGCAUCAAAAGAAUUGCCAGGAAUUGAAAAGGAAAUGAAUGAAAUCACCCAGAAAUUAGAUCACGAAUCACGCACAAUCGUUUCAUAUGUUAAUUACGUUACAAAUUUGGUUUGGUUUUCGAUUCGAUGAACAAAAUUCGCAUCUGUAGAAUCUGAGACGCAUCUUGAUAAAUACAGAAAUUCAAAAUGUUGGACAAAUCUGAUAUGAUAUGUAAAAUAUAUUCCAAUGUGUAUAUUAUCACUUGACAUUGCGCAUAAAGUUGAAGAGAAGCCUAGAAUAACAAUUCAUU